AUGACCAACGUUUCUGAAAUAGAAGGCAGUAAUGAAGGCGGGCCUAGAGUCGGCCCCCUCCUCCAAGCCAACGCUAACCUGCCUGAGCGAAACGCAGUCGAUUUGAAGGCUCGCCCGGCAUCAGCUAAAGGAGAGGAGGAUAAGGAGUUGGGCAUAAAAACCAGCCCGGACCGUAGCUGCUUCGGCGUCGGCGCUGGGGCUCAAAAAGCCCGACAGCGGACGCCUCGGGCUGUGCGCGAGCCGAUCGUGCUUUUUUCAGCAUCUGUCGGCAUCUGA